UGAAGCCACACUUCCACCGUCUCAAGGCUGUUGUUGAUUGAGGCAGAAGUGUGAUCGAGUUCAGAAAGAAUCUCAUCGGCAAGAGGCAGACAAGAAAAAGAAAAAGCUGCUGUUUACUGUAACAUGUCAAUGGAUGUGAAACAGGAGACCUGUGAUGUGGACACAAAUAUCAUGGAUAUAAAUGUAAAUAUUAAGGAGGAGGAGGAGGACUGUGAGUGGGAGUUCAUCUACCCUAAAAAGGAAAGUCUGAGCAUCAAGCAGGAGGAACGUGAACUUCAGUCAGUGGGUAUUAAAGAAGAGGCUGAGGAGAAGUCAGUCAGUAUCGAGAUGCAUAACCAUACAAAUUUAAGAAGUGUUGAGGAAGGCGUUCUUCAUGAUAGGUGUGAAGAUGGAGUGGUGACAGGAUUAGACUCUUCUCAAAGCACACACUGUUCAUCUCCAGAGCCUUCUAUCAAUGUGAAGUCUGAAUCAUUAGAGUUUGACACAAAGAGGACCGAGGAGACUACAUCUGAUAGAACUCAGGAAUAUCAGCCACCACCUACAAAGAAGUCUGGGAAAAGAAACAAACAUAACUGCUGCUUGGAAUGUGGCAAGGAAUUCUCUGGCAGGAAUGCUCUACGUAUCCACACUAGAGUUCACACCGGAGACAAGCUGUAUCACUGUAACGAAUGUGGUAAACAGUUUUCACAAAUGAGCAAUCUGAAGAACCACAUUAGAGUUCACACUGGAGAGAAGCCGCAUUGCUGUAAUGAAUGUGGUAAACAGUUUUCACAAAUGAGCAAUCUGAAGAACCACAUUAGAGUUCACACUGGAGAGAAGCCGCAUUGCUGUAAUGAAUGUGGUAAACAGUUUUCACAUAAAGUCAGUCUUCUGAUACACACUAGAGUUCACACUGGAGAGAAGCUGCAUUGCUGUAAUGAAUGUGGUAAACAGUUUUCACAAAUGAGCAAUCUGAAGAACCACAUGAGAGUUCACACUAGAGAGAAACCGCAUUGCUGUAAUGAAUGUGGUAAACAGUUUUCACAAAUGAGCAAUCUGAAGAACCACAUGAGAGUUCACACUGGAGAGAAGCCGCAUUCCUGUAAUGAAUGUGGUAAACAGUUUUCACAAAUGAGCAAUCUGAAGAAACACAUUAGAGUUCACACUGGAGAGAAGCCGCAUUCCUGUAAUGAAUGUGGUAAACAGUUUUCACAAAUGAGCAAUCUGAAGAACCACAUGAGAGUUCACACUGAAGAGAAACCGCAUUGCUGUAAUGAAUGUGGUAAACAGUUUUCACAAAUGAGCAGUCUGAAGAACCACAUGAGAGUUCACACUGAAGAGAAACCGCAUUGCUGUAAUGAAUGUGGUAAACAGUUUUCACAUAAAGUCAGUCUUCUGAUACACACUAGAGUUCACACUGGAGAGAAGCUGCAUUGCUGUAAUGAAUGUGGUAAACAGUUUACAGUACUGGGGAAUCUUCAGAGACACACCAGAGUUCACAACAGGAGAGAAGUACAGCUGAACAGUUCUGAGUAAAGAAUGAGGUUCACUCAUGCCUGAACAGUAAGCACAUGUAACUGACUGGAAUCUGUCCUACUUGCUGUUGAAAGAAGUCAACAUGGAGGAGAAACAGAAGUUUGUUUCCAUUCCCUUUCAAGAAAAAAAAAGAACAGGGCAUCGUACACACAGCUUCUUGCCAAUGCCGAUUAAACAAUAAAUCAAGUCAAUUACUAAUAAUUACAAAUGUAACCUAAUAAUGCAAAAAUCAAUAAAAUUAAAAUCCAGAAUAUACAACUGACCAUGUUGUACACCAUGCUAAAUUACAUUAAAAUGCUGUGGCAGCAAAAUAAAAGAAUGCUUUUUUUUUAUUAAUAUACA